UAAACCAAUGAAAAAACCAUGUCAAUAUUCAGUUAAUUUGAUUGAAGAAGGUGUAUUACAUUUUUAUCAAGAAACAAAUCUUAUUUUGCAUUAUGAAAAUGAAUCUUCUAAUAAUGUUUGGAAGCAAAUAGGAAUCAAGCAACAAGAAAAUGGGUCUACUUUAUUUGGAUUGAAUCAUACUUUGGGAUUAUGGCUAUGA